AUGUUUGGAACCUACUUCCUUCUCAGCACUGUCUGCUUAGUUAUCUGUGAUGUCUUCUUGUUCUCCAUCCCAAAGUUACUGAGCCUUUUCCUGGAGUUCAUUGAAGAUCAAGAAGCACCUAGCUGGCAUGGCUAUUUCUAUGCCUUCACUAUGUUCCUUUUGGCUUGUCUCCAGACUCUGUUCGAACAACGAUAUAUGUACAUGUGUCUUGUUCUGGGGUUGAGACUGAAAACUGCAGUAACAGGGCUUGUGUACAGGAAGAUCCUAGUUAUGUCAAAUGCAUCAAGGAAAGCCGCAACAGUAGGUGAAAUUGUUAAUCUGGUAUCUGUUGAUGUCCAAAAGCUAAUGGAUCUGAUUAUCUAUUUCAAUGGGACCUGGCUUGCUCCUAUUCGGAUUAUCAUCUGUUUUGUCUUCUUGUGGCAGCUUCUUGGGCCAUCUGCCUUGGCUUCAAUUGCUGUAUUCCUUUGUCUUUUGCCUCUGAAUUUCGUCAUCACCAAGAAGAGGAGUCAGUUUCAGGAGACCCAGAUGAAACACAAAGAUGAGCGGGCCAAACUCACCAAUGCCAUUCUCAGCGACAUUAAAGUAAUCAAACUGUAUGGCUGGGAGAAAACCUUCAUGGAGAAAGUGCUUGGUAUCCGGAAGCAAGAACUUCAUGCCCUAAAAAGAUCUCAGAUUCUCUUCUCAGCAUCUCUAGCUUCUUUCCAUUCAUCAACUUUCCUGAUCGCAUUUGUCAUGUUUGCUGUCUACACCCUGGUGGAUACCACACACGUCCUGGAUGCUCAGAAGGCCUUUGUAUCUUUAACGCUGAUCAAUAUUCUCAACACUGCACACUCCUUCCUGCCAUUCUCCAUAAAUGCUGCUGUCCAGGCCAAAGUUUCUUUAAACCGCUUAGCAGCUUUUCUGAAUCUGGAAGAACUGAAUCCUGAGAGCUCAAGCAGAAGCACUUCUGACUGUGGUGAUCAGAGAUUAUCUUUUCUCUCUAGGAUAGAUCUUACCGUGCUCCGAGGCUCCUUGCUUGCUGUAGUUGGCCAGGUGGGUGCUGGAAAGUCCUCCUUGCUGUCAGCGUUACUUGGUGAGCUGGAGAAGACAGACGGCUGCGUGACCAUGAAGGGCACUGUAGCUUAUGUCCCCCAGCAAGCUUGGAUACAAAAUGCCUCAGUGGAAGAUAAUAUUCUCUUUGGGAAAGAGAUGGAUGAAACAUGGUUCAAUAGAGUGAUAGAUGCUUGUGCACUGCAACCUGAUUUGGAGUGCUUCCCUGCAGGGCGGAAGAGUGAAAUAGGAGAGAAGGGAAUAAACAUAUCUGGAGGGCAGAAGCAAAGAGUGAACCUUGCUCGUGCUGUGUACCAGGCAGCUUCAAUUUACCUACUAGAUGAUCCCCUCUCAGCUGUUGAUGCCCAUGUUGGACAGCACAUUUUUGAACAUGUUCUUGGCCCCAACGGCUUACUGAAGGACAAGACUCGUGUGCUUGUGACUCACACAGUCAACAUUUUGCCUCAAGUGGACAACAUUGUUUUUCUGGUGGAUGGAACAAUCUCAGAAAUUGGUUCUUACCAAGAACUUCUACAGAGAAAUGGGGCUUUUGCAGAAUUUCUUCAUUCACACAUUACUGCAGAAGAGAAGGCUGGCUUUCCAGCUAUAGGAGAUACCAGAUGCACCAUCACCUCUAGAAAUGGUCCAUCACAGGAGAAGCUCUUUAGUGACAGUUCAGUCAAAUCUUCUGCUAUGGAAAGGGAGACCAUUCCUGUAAGUCAAGACUGUACCACUGCUGCAGCCACCAAAGGAAGACUAACCAAAGGAGAGAAAACUCAGCACGGCAGGGUUAAUAGUUCAAUUUAUGUGGCCUACCUGAAGGCGACAGGCUUACCACUGUGUGUGUACAUCAUUCUGUUGUUCACGUCUCAGCAAGCUGUGUCGUUUUCUCGUGGUUACUGGCUCAGCAUGUGGACAGAUGACCCUGUUCACAAUGGGACACAACAGCACACCGAGCUGAGAGUUGGAGUCUUUGGUGCGCUAGGAGUCAUUCAAGCCCUUGGCAGAUUUGCCUCCACAGCAGCAGUCCUUCUAGGUGGCGUGUUAGCAUCGCACAAGCUGUUUCUGCAGUUGCUGAUGAACGUUGCUAGAUCCCCAAUGGUCUUCUUUGAGCAAACACCCUGUGGAAACUUGCUGAACCAAAGCUUCUCCAGAGAAAUGGAUGCUAUUGAUUCUGUCAUCCCUGACAAGCUAAAGUCCUUGCUGGGGUUCUUGUUCAACUUGCUGGAGAUCUACCUUGUGAUAAUAGUGGCCACACCAAGGGCAGCAAUGGCCAUAGUGCCAUUGACUCUUCUUUAUGCUGCAAUCCAGCACUUCUAUGUCAUCACCUCCUGCCAGCUGAGACGCAUAGAGGCUGCCAGCAGGUCACCCAUCUACUCCCACAUUUCAGAAACUUUCCAAGGGAGCAGUGUGAUCCGUGCUUACAAGGACCAGGAGAGGUUUAUUUUGAAGAGCAAUUUUCUAGUGGAUGAGAAUCAGCGAAUAUGCUUCCCUGGAGCUGUUGCUGACAGGUGGCUUGCUACAAACCUGGAAUUUCUAGGCAAUGGCAUCGUGUUGUUUGCAGCACUAUUUGCAGCAAUGGGCAGAACACAUCUUAGUCCAGGAACUGCUGGCUUCUCCAUUUCAUAUGCUCUUCAGAUAACUGGUGUUCUGAACUGGAUGGUGCGCUCGUGGACGGAGAUCGAGAACAACAUUGUUUCUGUGGAGAGAGUGAGAGAAUACUUGAGGACUCCUAAGGAGGCACCCUGGACUCUGAAUGGCAAACUUCAAGAUCAAGUUUGGCUCACUGAAGGAAGAAUUGAAUUUAGGAACUAUAGUUUGCGAUACAGGCCAAAUUUGGAGUUAGCACUGAAGCAUAUCAAUCUAACCAUCAACGGGAAAGAGAAGAUCGGCAUAACUGGAAGAACAGGAGCUGGGAAAUCUACUCUUGCUGUGGGAUUGCUACGAUUAGUGGAAGCUCUGGAAGGAAUGAUCCUAAUUGAUGGACUAAAUAUUGCUCAACUAGGUCUCCAUGACCUUAGAACCAAGAUAACUGUCAUUCCCCAGGAUCCAGUUUUGUUUUCUGGCUCUCUAAGAAUGAAUCUCGACCCAUUAAACCGAUACAGUGAUGCAGACAUCUGGACAGCUUUGGAACUGACUCAGCUCAAGACCUUUGUUGCAGAUUUGCCAGACCAGUUGGAAUAUAAGUGCACUGACCAAGGGGAAAACCUAAGCACUGGUCAGAAACAGCUGGUUUGUCUGGCCAGAGCACUUCUUUGGAAAUCCAAAAUCCUCAUUCUAGAUGAGGCUACAGCAGCAGUAGAUUUAGAAACUGAUCUUCAGAUUCAGUCCACCCUGAGGACUCACUUCAAAGACAGCACAGUGUUAACAAUAGCUCACCGGAUAAACACCAUCAUGGACUGCGACAGGAUUUUAGUCUUGGAAAAUGGUCGGAUAGCUGAAUUUGAUACUCUGGAACACUUAAUAGCUCAGAAGGGACUGUUCUACAGACUGAUGGAAGAAUCGGGCCUUGCAUGA